GCAGCACUUAAGGGUACUCCCAGGGCUGCUCUUCCUGGUUCCCGAGGCUGUGGCUGGAUGGAAUCCAAGGUUUUCUUUCAACCUUUUGUCGAAUUUCAUCACUGUUAAGUUUAAAGGCAGAUCUGGAAAGAUACUGCCAGGGCUCAUCUUGGACAGAGUUGGAAAUGAGAAUGGGAGAAAUGGAUUGAUCCAGCAGUGAGAUUUGCUCUGUCUCCCAUCUCUAUGGGCUCCUCCUGAGCAGUCAAUUCUCUGUGGGCAGAGGUUAACCAAGGCUGAUGAAAUUUUAAAGCACCAAGCACAUCUUCUUCCCGGGAUGCUGUAGCCAGAAGCAUACAGUCAAUGCGGUCAUCUGAAAUUUUACCCUGGAUCCUACUCCGGCUUUUCCUGAGUCCUGGGUCUUCCUUUCGUCUGGACAUAUUCUACCGCAGCUAUUUAUUUAUUUUUGAACAAGAACAUAUCACGUCAUGGACCUCGUUGGACUGCUGAAGUCCCAGUUCCUGUGCCACCUGGUUUUCUGCUACGUGUUCAUCGCCUCGGGGCUCAUCAUCAACGCCACGCAGCUCUGCACGCUCGUCCUCUGGCCCAUCAACAAGCAGCUCUUCAGGAAGAUCAACUGCAGACUGUCCUACUGCGUCUCUAGCCAGCUGGUGAUGUUGCUGGAGUGGUGGUCGGGCACAGAGUGCACCAUCUACACGGACCCGAGGGCCUUCUCCAAGUAUGGCACGGAGAACGCCAUCGUCGUCCUCAACCACAAAUUUGAAAUCGACUUCCUCUGCGGCUGGAGCCUGGCGGAGCGCUUCGGGAUCUUAGGGAACUCCAAGGUCCUGGCCAAGAAGGAGCUGUCUUACGUCCCAAUCAUUGGCUGGAUGUGGUACUUCACGGAAAUGAUCUUCUGCACACGCAAGUGGGAGCAAGAUCGUGAGACAGUCGCCAGGAGCCUGCUGCACCUCCGGGAUUACCCCGAGAAGUAUCUUUUCCUGAUCCACUGCGAGGGCACACGGUUCACAGAGAAGAAACACCAGAUCAGCAUGCAGGUGGCCCAAGCCAAGGGGUUGCCCAGCCUCAAACACCACCUGCUGCCACGCACCAAGGGCUUCGCCAUCACCGUGAGGUGCUUGAGGGAUGUAGUCCCAGCUGUAUAUGACUGUACACUCAAUUUCAGAAAUAAUGAAAACCCAACACUGCUGGGAGUCCUAAAUGGAAAGAAAUAUCAUGCCGAUUGCUAUGUCAGGCGGAUUCCAAUGGAAGACAUCCCCGAAGACGAGGACAAGUGCUCGGCCUGGCUCCACAAGCUCUACCAGGAGAAGGAUGCUUUUCAGGAGGAGUACUACAGGACAGGUGUCUUCCCAGAGACCCCCCGGGUCCCCCCGCGGCGGCCCUGGGCCCUGCUCAACUGGCUGUUCUGGGCCUCGCUGUUGCUUUACCCUUUCUUCCAGUUCCUGGUCAGCAUGGUCAGCAGUGGCUCUUCUGUGACGCUGGCCACCUUCAUCCUCGUCUUCUGCAUGGCUUCCAUGGGAGUUCGAUGGAUGAUUGGUGUGACAGAAAUCGACAAGGGCUCUGCCUAUGGCAACAUCGACAACAAACAGAAGCAGAGUGACUAACUCAGGGAUGUGUCACCUCCAAAGGGAACCUUGGGGAACUGG